CUCAAUUAUUAACAUCAAGAUGCAGGGCAAGUCUUCUCUUUCUAGCUCUUCUGUUAGCGGCCAUCGUGGUGGUGUCACCGAGGGAUCCCACCUUGCAUCCCUCAAUGACACAGAGCCUCAGCGUCUUCACAACGUCAACAAAAACUUGUGGCAGCAGUCAUUUCAGUCAUCUAUGGCAAGCGCACAUGGCCACUCACCGACGCUCAAUCUAUCUUUUAGUCUGCAUGACUAUUCCCUACCUACAUUUAACUCUGGAUCUUUGCCUCAGCCCCUGCUGGCUCAUGUAUUCCCCUGUCAAGACACCGCCAGCCACUAUAGCUCUGCAUCACCACCAGAACCCGCAACUACAGGCACUGAGUUCCAAAGCUCACCCAUCCAGGACGCCACACCAGCCCCAGUCCAGAGCCCUCGACGAUGCGGUAGCAGACAUUUCUCCUGUCCUGAUUGUCACACUUACACCACCGAUCGUAAAUACAACUUGAAAUGACACCGAGAGGCGCGCCACGGAAAAUGUAAAAAACAACAAUUAAGGGCACGUGGAACCUCAAGAUCAAAACCCUACACGUUGUUUACCGUGAUGGACAGCGAACGACAGACUUAACAGGCACAACGGGAGGAGCAAAGUGCACAAGCGAGCCUUGGAGGAGGAACUUGAUACAACGACGGGAAAAUUCAUUACCAUUUCUUUUGAUCGUUUUUCUUUCGUCGCAUUAGUUUUAUUGACGUAUGUCUAUCAGAAUGGCCAGCGAAACAUGUAAAUAGAUGUAUAGAACAAGUACUCAAUUGAUG